CCAACACCACCAAGUCGACGCAGCCUUCCAUUCCGUCUCCGAGCCAGACAAGCUUUGGUGGUAGGCAGGAUCGGGAUGGCGAACGCGGAGGAUGCGCCCACGGCCGUGGCGGGUUCUUGCAGGUGGCCGUCCGCGCUGCGCUGGAUCCCCACCUCCGCCGACCGCAUCGUCGCCGCCGAGAAGCGCCUCCUCUCCCUAGUCAAAACUGGGUAUGUCCAAGAGAAAGUUAACAUUGGCUUUGCUCCAACCGGGUCAAAAGCAAGAUGGUUUAGAUCAAGUGAAGAGCCAAGGUUCAUCAACACGGUGACAUUUGGUAGCAACAAGGAGAACGCUCCCACCCUUGUCAUGGUCCAUGGUUAUGGUGCUUCACAUGGGCUCUUCUUUCGAAACUACGAUGCCCUCGCAAGCCAUUUCCGGGUCAUUGCCAUUGAUCAGCUUGGUUGGGGUGGAUCAAGCAGACCUGACUUCAUCUGUAAAAGUACCGAAGAAACGGAUGCUUGGUUCCUAGAUUCUUUUGAAGAAUGGCGCAAAGCAAAGAACCUCAACAAUUUUAUAUUGCUUGGACAUUCUUUGGGAGGAUAUGUUGCUGCUAAGUAUGCCUUACAGCACCCUGAGCACGUGCAACACUUGAUUUUGGUUGGUCCCGCUGGCUUUUCACCAGAAGCAGAUGAUAGCGCUGAGCGAUUAGCCAAGUUUAGAGGAACAUGGAAAGGCAUGCUAGUGAACCAUCUUUGGGAGUCCAAUUUUACUCCUUCGAAAAUUUUGAGGUAAGCCUAGUUUCGAUCUUAAAUUUGAAUAAUGUAGGUACCGUUAGAAAAAUGGAGUAAUCCACCUCUUCUGCCCAUGGUGAAAAUGUUCAAUGGGCUUGAUUUAUCCAUCUAGCUAAGCAUAUGAGUACAAUGUUCAUAUUUAAGUAGAGAGACCGAUCUAAUGCGGAAGCAAUAGCACUUCUGAUGUGAAUUUUAUCGCGAAGAUAACUAUU